ACACUACUGUUGUCAUCCCCUAUGGCUAUAAAUAAACGAAGGCCCAGCGGCCUCAGUGCCCAUAGCAGCAGCAGCUGGUGUAGUACUCUUUAACAAAGAGAGAAAUUAAACACAUACAGCUCAGCAACUAUACAGAGAUAUGGCGGUUGGUCAGCAGGCAGCAGCAGAAGCAGCUAAGUCCUCUCUGAGUAUCUUCUGUGUUACCCUCCUGCUAAUUUCCACCCAGCUGCUGAUUCAAUCCCCCACAGUGCUUGCAGCUCCACCAGCUUUAGUAUCAUCCCAGCAGUCAAGAAAAGAAGAGAAGGUCGUCAUCAACAAGAUGCAUGGGGGGCUUAAGGACAAUAAACGUACUCGCUUGACAGAGCCACUGGAUAGCAAUAAACGUACUCGCUUGACAGAGCCACUGGAUAGCAAUAAACGUACUCGCUUGACAGAGCCACUGGGUAGCAAUAAACUUACUCGCUUGACAGAGCCACUGGAUAGCAAUAAACGUACUCGCUUGACAGAGCCACUGGGUAGCAAUAAAAUGACUCGCUUGACAGAGCCACUGGGUAGCAAUAAACUUACUCGCUUGACAGAGCCACUGGAUAGCAAUAAACGUACUCGCUUGACAGAGCCACUGGAUAGCAAUAAACGUACUCGCUUGACAGAGCCACUAGGUAGCGGGCACAAGCACCCUCGCAUGCACCCCUAAGCUGAAUGAUAUCAGAUGCACAAUUACACAGAGUCAAUAAUUAUUUGGCUUAUUUAUCUUUCCUAAUUUGUGAAUCACUCUUAAAGUGAUGUUAUUGUGGGAUUGCUUUAAUGUUUGACUAGCUAGCUAGUAAUUAGAAGAUAUAAAUGUCUAUGUUUGUAUGUGUGUGCUUGAUCAUAUAAUAUGUGAAGAUGUAAAAUUGAUGCACCUUUUGUACAAUGAGAUGUUUUGUGCUAAUAAAUUUGUAUUUUCAUC